AGGGGAACAAGUUGACACGGUGUAAACAGUACAACAUCCCGCCCCCUGUGUAUCUGUCGUUUUCGAGGCACAUUUAUUCCACCAGUCGCUUCGAGGACCGUCCCAAGGUCUUGACAAGCCAAGAUGUCCUUCCAACACGCUCCAAAGAAGGCUGGGCUUCCCAGGGAGGUGCUGAAAUGGUUGCAAAGUCUGGAUCUGACGUACUCAGUCAAGAAUGUCAGAAGGGAUUUCUCCAAUGGUUUUCUGGUUGCUGAGAUUUUCUCCUGGUAUUACCCGCAGUCUAUCCAGAUGCACUCCUAUGACAACGGAACAUCCUUACCCACCAAACUGGGCAACUGGUCCCAGCUGGAGAGGGUAUUUGUAAAACACAGCCUUGACAUUCCUAAGGAGCUGAUAGAUGGAACAAUCCACUGCAAACCUGGGGCCGCAGAACUUCUGGUACAGCAGACGUACACCAUCCUCACCAACAGAAUAGUGAAGAAUUUACCUUCUGAGCAGGAGCAGAUUGACUUCACAGACAGAAGUUAUCAGCUGACUCUGCCCAUGCAUGCAAGGUCCACAGUUUCACAGGCAUUGAAAAAUAAUCUGAAGAUCACAGAGUUCAUGACUGACCCAAAUGUAAUCACCUGUCAAGAAAAGGCUCAGCAACUCAUCCAUAAACAUCAGCAGCACAGGGUGCAGGAGAGGGUGGAGGAUCCAGUGCGUUUUGACAUCCAGCCCAGCAUAGGUGAACUUGCUGUCCGCAUUGCACCCACAGACUCAAUCCAACCAGAGUAUGCAGUACCAAAGCCACCCAAAGCCAAAGUGCCCCAGCCACCACCCAAGUCUCAGGACCCAAUGCCCAGUCGAACCGUGGCCUUCAAGGAGAUCACCGUUAGUCAGAUGGGGAAGCCAACGUUAGUCAGGCCAGGGCUGAGGGAGGAUCCAAAAACUGCACUUCUUCAACACUAGCACUUGCAUGGAAGCUGCAUGGAGAAGUUAAACUGUUUGCCAACUUUUAAAAAGUGACUCACCAUAAUUUCACAGUAAUUUCCCUUUCAGUUAUUGCUCAGGACACAAGAUAUUAUGCACAUGAGAUUUCAGUAAUGAGUCAAAGGUUGUUGAAAUUCAAUAUCCUGAGCCGGUUGUCUGGUUGACAGUUUAACUUCUCCAUUGUGUCAAUUUAGCAAAAGAUGAACUCGUUUGAAAACUUCAAAGGGUCAAAAAGACAGUAUCUGUCAAAAAUGGUUCCUAUGUAAAGUUUAAACAUUAUUGCUGUAAGUUGUAACUUGACUUUUGGCACCUUUUUUUCUGAGCAGGAGUUUCAAUGCAAGAAUGUGUUUAGACUUUUGUAAAUAACAGCGUUGUUAGAGGUUAAGUUAAGUGUGCCUAGCUGGCACUUUCUCAGUUGAGAGUUUUAUCCAGCAUCAAAGUAUAGACAAAGUGCUUGUGUUAUUAUAAAACCUCAAAGAAAAGUAUGCUUUGUCAAAUUCUGGGUGAUAUAUCCAUUAGAGACUACCUUGAAUAUGCUAUAAAGCUGUUUAUAAUCAUUGUUAUUAAACUGACAUGUUCACAUUCAGCUUUUACAAGUCGAUAUAUGGCUUUCCAUUGGGUUACUUGCUUCAUAGCUACUGAUGCUAAAAUAUGUGAAAUAUGUAAAGAUAUUUUUAAGAAGGUUCGUACUUGAUACCUUUAGUUUUCAUUGUACAGUUAUUAUUCCAAAUCAUAAUUGUGGCAAAUGUACAUGGCAGAGAUCCUUUCUGUCCAGCUACUUGCAUAGACAGGCAUUGCCAUUGAAUUCAUGCAAGAGUCUUAAUAAAAAUGUUUCACAUUUCA